GAACAACACGAAUCUCAAGAUGAGUUUUUGGACAUAAACGAGGUUGGAGAAGAAGUGCCGGAAGAUGAUCCAAACGGACCAAUACCAGAAGAUGAAGACGAUGAAGAUAAUGAAGCUGGAAUGGAUUUAGAUGAUGCUAAUACUGAGACAUUGGAAAUUGACUUGUCCAAUAACUCGUGGACUUACUUUGACCAACAUCAAGACUCAGUUUUCACUAUUUUCAAACACCCAACUUUACCAAUGGUUGCCACUGGAGGUGGGGAUAACACUGCAUACUUAUGGACUACUCAUACCCAACCACCAAGAUUUGUUGGUGAAUUACAAGGCCACAAGGAAUCAGUCAUUGCUGGGGCCUUCACUUGUGAUGGGAAGUACGUUAUUAGUGCCGAUAUGAAUGGAUUUCUUCAAGUCCAUAAAGCCUCCAAAGGUGGUCAAAAAUGGACUAAGUUUGCAGACUUGGAAGAGGUCGAAGAAGUGUUGUGGAUCACUGUUCACCCAACCCAGCCUUCCUACUUUGCCUUUGGUGGUAACGACGGUUCCGUAUGGGUUUAUCAAAUUGAUGAAGAUUCAAAAUCUUUGGUGCAAAUAAUGUCUGGGUUUUCUCAUACUUUAGAAUGUAACAGUGGUGUUUUCACCAACUUAGAAGAUGAUCAACAACUUACUUUAGUCACCAUCUCCGAAGAUGGUACUAUUGUUAAUUGGAAUGCCUUCACUGGUGCCACUAACUACAAAUUGCAACCUCACGAUGAUUUUAAAGGCAUUGAAAGCCCUUGGGUCUCAGUUAAAGCUCAUAAGAAUUUGAUUGCAGUUGGUGCUCGUGAUGGUCAAUUAGCAAUCAUCAAUAACGAUAGUGGUAGACUUGUUCACAUGGUUAAAACCAUUGAAAAUGUUGAGGAUAUUGCUGAUUUAUCCAUAGAAGCAUUAAGUUGGUGUACUUCUCCCCAAAUCAACUUGUUAGCAGUUGGUUUGGUCAGUGGUGACUUAUUAUUAUUCGAUACUUUACAAUGGAGAUUACGUAAAUCAAUCAAAGUCGACGAUACCAUCACUAAACUAGAAUUCAUCGACCAAUCUCCAUUCCUUAUCGGUUCUAGUAUGAAUGGUCGUAUCUACAAAUGGGAUACCAGAACCGGUGAAGAACUUUUCGCCGGUCAUGGUCAUAAUAUGGGUGUUCUUGAUUUCACCACCUUUGAUAAUGGUAAAACUUUGGUCACUGCUGGUGAUGAAGGGGUUGCUUUGGUUUUCCACCACGAAUAAUCGUCUCCUUUUUUGCAUGCUUUCAUUUGUAUUUUACGCCUAUUCAUUUCACUCU